CCGGGAGAAGACGAGAGCAGCAGCGCUCCGGGUGGACAGGGUGGGGGUGGGGCGGUGUCUUUGAGAGCUGACUCGCGUCUCGGUUUUGGAUUCUUGGGGAUGUUCCUCCCAGCCAUACACACACCCUUCCCUGCUAACCCGCACCGGGCUAGACACUGCUGAGCCCAGUGGAAAGCUACCAGCCCUAUUGUGCUGAACCAGGCAAAGAAACAGCCUCAGAAACAGGAAGUCCCGCCCCUGAAGUGGGAGAGGGCAGGAGACCUGGGUCUCAGCCUCUUUGGAUGGAGUGAGAGUUGCCUGGCACUGAGCAGUGAGCUCCUUCCUGGUCAAGCAGGGAGAACUCCAGGACCUCUUGCGGCUCCAGGCCUAAUGCAAGUUCUGGCUCCGCAGGCUGGGUGGCGUGGGGAGGAGUUCCCCUCUGGCCUCAGCCUUCCUUCCCUAGUUCUGCCUCAGGUUUUCCCGAGGCAGGAUCCCUGCUGCAAGAUGUCUGCAUUUUUCCGUAUCACCCUUGCCCUCUCCUAGUUCAGAGCCUCUGGAUUGGGAGAGCCUGCUGAUCACACAGAGGUCUGAGCUGUAGAGGGGUGUGUGUGAUUCACUGAUACCAUUCAUCCCCAAAGAUGAGAAGACACCUGUAACUCACCCGGGGUCAGGGUCACACACACACACACACACACACACACACACACACACACACACACACACACACAGCUUUUGUCUUCGCACUCCCUACCUGACCUUUAAUCUCUGAGCCUGCCUCAGUUUCCUCAUGUGUACAAUGGGGGAUAAUAUUAGAUUUCAUGAGUUACUGUACACAAAGUGCCCACUACAAUGCCCAGCACAUAAUGAAGGCACAAGACAGUGUAGCUAUUCUUUUCCCUGUGUGUGGGGUGCCCCUCUUCAGACCUACCAUCUCUUAGGGUACAGCAGAGCUUCUAGGAGUCAUUGGAUGGGUGGGGAGACAGGUAGACGAGGGUAAUGAAGUUCUGGGAAGGUAAGGGAAUAAGGGAGGGGAUGAGUACCAAGGAAAGAACUUGCCAAGAACGUAUGACUGGGGCCUGGGGAGGCAGCUCAGAGAUGGGCAAGUGGGUAGUUCAAGGCAGAAGAGAAGGGCAGAAGUUCCUCAGGAAAGAGAACAGUCAGGAGGGUGGGGGAGGAGUGGAGAGGGCGGUGGGGACACCCAGGACUGAGGAAAUAAACAAGGGGAGCGCCAUCACAGGGGUGGAGGUAAUGCUGCUGGGAAUCAGCCCCCUCAGACUUUCCACUGCGAAGCGAAACCGUGAGCCCUGGGGUGCUGGGGGGGGCGACGGGGAGGGGAAGUGCGAAAGGUGGAGGGAAGACAGAAGGACAGGGGCCAGGGCCCUGGGAGCAGCAGAAGGGCCUCUAGCUCAAGACAGCCACCUUACCUCCACUCUGCUCUCUGCCAGCACCCUGCCCUAUCCCCCGGGACCCCCACCCCAUCCCUGACCGCACCCUCCGGCUGCCCGAUCUGCCGGGCUUUCCUCUAGAUUCCAGCCCCUGGUCGUUGGUUCCUCCCUCUCUCUCCAGGCCUCCAUUCCUCUUUUUCUAGAUUCUCUUUCUCCAACACCCUCUUUGCAGAACCCCUCUUGAACAUCAGUCCUUCCCCACUUUCUGACCUCUUCCCUUUGGAGGGCUGUGUGGCCCAGGGCUCAGAGGAGAUGUGGGAGGCUCGGUUCCCGGUCUGGCUGCUUCUGCAACUGCUGUGGGCAGCUGCAGUGGAGGCUCCAGACCCUGGGGCAGAGGUCCCGGUGGUGUGGGCCCAGGAGGGGGCUCCUGCCCAGCUCCCCUGCAGCCCCACAAUCCCCCUCCAGGACCUCAGCCUUCUGCGAACAAGACAAGUCACUUGGCAGCAUCUACCAGACAGUGAGCCCGCGGCGCUCUCCCCGCGAGGCCCGGGGCCCCGCCGCUACACGGUGCUUAGGCUGGCUCCCGGAGGCCUGCGCGUCGGGAGGCCGCCCCUGCAGCCCCGCGUGCAGCUGGAUGAGCGCGGCCUCCAGCGCGGGGACUUCUCGCUGUGGCUGCGCCCGGCCCGACGCGCCGACGCCGGCGAGUACCACGCCGCUGUGCGCCUCGGGGACCGCGCUCUCGCCUGCCGCCUCCGUCUGCGCGUGGGCCAGGCGGCGGUGACUGCCAGCCCCCUCGGGUCUCUGUGGACCUCCAGUUCCGUCAUUUUGAACUGUUCCUUCAGCCGCCCUGAUCUCCCGGCCUCUGUGCACUGGUUCCGGGACCCAGGCAGAGUCCCCGUUCAGGAGUCCCCCCAUCACCUCUUAGCCGGAAACUUCCUCUUCCUGCCCCAUGUCAGCCCCUUGGACUCCGGGACCUGGGGCUGCACCCUCACCUACAGAGAUGGCUUCAAUGUCUCCACCACGUACAGCCUCACUGUUCUGGGCCUGGAGCCCCCAGUCCCUCUGACAGUAUACGCUGGAGCUGGUUCCAGGGUGGAGCUGCCCUGCCACCUGCCUCCGGGUGUGGAGACCCAGUCUUCCCUCACUGCCACAUGGACCCCUCCUGGGGGAGGCCCUGACCUCCUGGUGGCUGGAGACCAUGGCAACUUUACCCUUCUACUAGAGGCUGUGGGCCAGGCCCAGGCUGGGACCUACACCUGCGGCGUCCACCUGCAGGGGCAGCAGCUCACUACCACUGUCACUUUGGCAGUCAUCACAGUGACUCCCAAAUCCCAUGGAUCACCUGGCAACCUGAGAAAACUGCUUUGUGAGGUGACUCCGGCAUCUGGACGAGAACACUUUGUGUGGAGCCCCCUGGACGAGCGGUCUCGCAGGACCUCCGCAGGCCCCUGGCUGCUGAUGCCGGAGGCCAGGCUCCUUUCUCAGCCCUGGCAGUGCCGUCUGUACCAGGGGCAGAGGCUUCUCGGGACCGCCGUAUAUCUCACUGAGCUGUCCCGCCCAGGCGCCCAACGUUCCGGGGCAGCCCCGGGGGCCUGGGAAACAGGCCGCCUUCCUCUCCUCAUCCUUGGGAUCCUCUUCCUCCUCGUGUUGGUGACUGGAGCCUUUAGCUUUCACCUUCGGAGAAGACGGUGGCGACCAAGCAGAUUCUCUGCCUUAGAGCAUGGGACUCACCCACCUCAGCCUCAGGGCAAGACAGAGGAUCCGGAGCCGCAGCCGCAGCUGAAGCAGCCCUGAGCUGGAGCCGGGCAGCCCCUGCAUCUCCGCACUUCAGUGCAAAUAAACUCCCCGUCAGCAGCAA